AUGAAGGCUUAUUGGUAUGACGGCCUUGAUGGUGACCAGCGCCUGGCACAUGACUCUGGUAAGGAGGUUACCGUCGAAGAUCUGAAGAAGCUUGGUGUCUUUUACCACCAAAUCCCUGAUCUGGAUGGGGUCAACCAGCUGGCUUCGGACCGCGGGUACCGGAACCGAGACGAGAUUGUUGUGUCGCCGGAGAAGAUGGGCGAGAUCUACGAGGAAAAGGUUAAAUCCUUCUUCCACGAGCACUUGCACGAGGAUGAGGAAAUUCGCUAUGUUCGCGACGGUCAAGGUUUCUUUGACGUGAGAAGCGCCGACGACGCUUGGGUUCGUAUCCGUGUUGAGAAGGACGACUUAAUUAUCCUGCCUCCUGGCAUCUACCACCGCUUCACAACUGACGAGUCUAACUACAUUAAGGCAAUGAGGCUCUUCAAAGAUGAGCCUAAGUGGACCCCUUUGAACAGGACGAAGGACCUUGAUGUGAACCCGCACAGGAAAGAGUACGUUGAGCAAUACCUCCAGAACGGCUUACCAGCAUGA